AUGCCACCAAUAUGUGUGAUUUGCGAGAGCUUGAUCUCUUCUUACCUGCUUUUUCUCAUCAACCUAUUGGUGGUUCUGAAAUUGGGGGCCGAUAUUCAUCUCAAUCCUCCUUCUGCUUGUGUGUUCCCUUGUCUCAGGAUUCUACUACUAAAAUGUGUUACAUUUGCAAACCGCGACUCUCUCUCCACCAUCCUCAAUGCCUGCCCGGUCCUUCUAGAUUUGUCCCUCCAUGUGGUUGAUAAAUAUUUGAAUAAUUUAGACGAGUUCAAUGUCAUUGUACUUGUAGCUACACUGAAAAUAUUACAUUUACAUUGGAAUGUUCAGCCUUCAUUGAAGUACCUAUUCCAGAUAAACAUCCUAGCUCUCGAGUACUUUCAUUUCAGAGGUUAUUUGAACAAGGAUGAUGUGUUGGAAAAACUCCCAAAUGUGUUUGAAUGUGUCAUUCAAAUUGAGGAUUGUGAGAAGAGUGAUGAUUAUGCAAAGAGAGUAUGGGACUUCAUGGGAAAACUCUAUAAUGUUAUAUCCAUGGAAUUGAGCAUAAUUACCGCACUGAUCCUCUUCCAUGGUUCUAAUCAUGAAGAUAGUCCCACAUUUCAUAAUUUGUCCUCCUUGAAGUUUUGUGGUGACAUUUGGUUUGACUGUUAUGCGUGGCAUGUGGUACACCUCUUGCUUUGUCGGGCUCCAAAGCUACAAAUACUUACCUUUGAACAUUCAAUCUUGCUUGGCUUUAAUCUUUAUAAACCUAACCCUUGCUUGGAAGAGCCACUUAAUGUUCCUGAAUGUAUGUCAUCACACCUUACAAUGUGUCAUUAUAAAGGAUUAAGAGGGACUACGAAAGACAUGGAACUUAUUAGAAAAAUCCUGGAGGCAGCAAGAGUAUUAAAGACAAUGAAAAUCACCUUACUCAGUUAUCUAGGCUCAAAGAGAAAGCUUUGUAUUCACAAGGAAUUGAGGAAGUUUCAAAGGAGCUCUCUGAAUUGUCAAAUUGCAUUUGACGAUGGACAUUUCACAUGA